AUGGGGCCUCGCGAUAUCGUGGACGAGAAGCACCGAAGCUCAUCUCGGCCGUUUUUCUCGGAAGGCCUAUGUGAGCUUCCAGAGCCGACUAGCAUAUAUGAAGUCGGUGACGGUGUGGCCUUGUCCGAUUUGGCUUGCGUUGGCGGGUCUUCUCUUCGAGGAGGACACACGGCACGGUGCGCGUUAGAGGACCCAGCUCUGAUCUCCAGUAAUAAGAUCUUCGAGAAACUCCUUCCGAUGCGGGCACAGAAAGAGAGAUUGACAGAUGGAUAUCCGGGUAAACCGGGUACCAUCCAUCGAGAUGUGAGGGAUCCAUAG